AUGAGCGACCACAGCGAAGACGAACGCGAGGGUGUACCGCUCCCGACUAUCCGGAAUGAGUACGCGGAUGACACCGUCAAAAUCCUCCUUGCGACCGACAACCAUAUUGGAUAUCUCGAGCGAGACCCUAUACGUGGUCAGGAUUCGAUAAAUGCGUUCAAAGAGGUUCUCCAGCUCGCAGUCAAGCACGAUGUCGACUUUAUCCUACUAGCGGGAGACCUUUUCCACGAGAACAGGCCGUCAAGAGACUGCCUGUAUCAAGUCAUGGCCCUCCUCAGAGAGUAUACGCUCGGAGACCGCCCCAUUCAGGUCGAACUCCUGAGCGAUCCCAACGACGGGAAACCCUCGGGAUACUCCUUUCCAGCCAUCAAUUAUGAAGACCCCAACCUCAAUGUUUCCAUCCCCGUCUUCUCCAUACACGGAAAUCACGACGAUCCUCAAGGCGCUGGUCCCGAAGGCGCCUUGUGCGCGCUCGACGUGCUUUCCGUGUCGGGCCUGAUCAACUACAUGGGCAAGAUCGACCUCCCGCUAGACGAUGCAGAGGCGCAAAAUACAGGAAUCGCCAUCCGACCUGUUCUUCUACGCAAAGGCAACACCCGUCUCGGUCUCUACGGCGUUGGCAACGUCAAGGACCAGCGUAUGCACUUUGAGCUCCGGAGCAACCGUGUACGGAUGUACAUGCCGCGAGACAAGGAUAGCUGGUUCAACAUCCUGUUGUUGCAUCAGAAUCGAGUCGCGCACGGUCCCCAGCAGUCGGUGCCAGAAGGAAUGUUCGACGAUAGCAUCGACCUGGUUGUCUGGGGGCACGAGCACGACUGCCGCAUCGUGCCCGAGCCGGUCGCGGGGAAGCGAUACUACAUUACGCAGCCCGGUUCGUCCGUCGCGACAUCGCUCGCCGACGGCGAGGCCCUCGAGAAGCAUGUAGCGUUGCUGAAGAUCCAAGGCAAGGAGUUCGAGCUCACUCCGAUCGCAUUGCGGAGCGUGCGGCCUUUCGUAAUCGACGAUGUUAUCCUGAGCGACGCGGCCGAGGAGGAGGGCUUCGACAUCAACGACAAGAUCGAGGUUACAAAAUUCUUGAAGACGAAGGUCAACGAGCUUAUCGAGAAAGCCAAUCGCGAAUGGGAUGAGCGAAAUAUACGCGCCGUCGCGGAGGGCGAGCCCGAACUACCGCGUCCGCUCCCGCUCGUGCGCCUCAAGGUGGACACGACGGGAGUGAGCGAGAUGUCGAACCCGGUGCGGUUUGGGCAGGAGUUCCAGGGCCUACUCGCGAACCCGCGUGACGUGCUUACCUUCCACCGCUCCAAAAAGGGCACGACUCGCGCGAGUAAAGUGAAAGCGGACGUGCCCGAGCUGAGCAUCGACGACCCGGACAUGAGCAUAGGCGAGAAGCUGUCGAAGGUGCGGGUGCAGACGCUGGUGCGGGAGUACCUCGCCGCGCAGGAGCUACAGCUGCUCGGCGAAGGUGGGAUGUCGGAGGCGAUUGAGACGUUCGUGGACAAGGACGACAUCCACGCGAUCCAAAAUCAUGUCAAUACGGCGCUGCGCUCGUUGAUGAAGGGUGUGCAGGCGACGGAUGUGGAAAUCGACGAGGACGACUUCGAGGAAGUCGUGGACAAAGUACGCGGCGACCACGAGAAGAAGCGUGCGGAGAAGCAAGAAGACAAACCGUCGAAAAACAAGGGCAAGGGCAAGGCGACCAACGACGACUCCGACGCUUCCAUAGACUCGAUGAUGAUGGACGUUGACGGCGGCGGAUCCGAUUUCGACGACCAGGCGUCAGACGAGCCACCGCCUGCGAAGACAAAGGCAGCCGCGAAGAAGGCAGCACCCGCGAAGAAGGCACCUGCACGUGGGAAGAGCAAGGCAGCUGCGAAGCCUGUAUCUGAUGACGACGACGAGAUUGAAGAUGAGGCGCCUCCGCCUCCGAAGAGGACGAAUCGAGCGGCAGUUCUGAGCCAGUCGACCAAGAAAGCACCCGCAAAGACUCCGGCGAAGAAGGCCGCGGCGAAGUCGUCUGGUAGCAAAGCGACGCAGUCUACACUCAGCUUCGCGCCACCUGGUCGCUCCUCUACGCGUGCCGCAGCAAGUCGCGCGAAGCAGAAGGUGUCGGAGACAAUAGAAUUGGAUAGCGACUGA